AUGCCCCGCAAAACGAACAAGAAGCAGACACGACUUGCUUUUGCGCCAACUGCCCCCUCCGGCGAUGCAAACGAGGCUGAAAGUGACCGCUUUGCCAGACUCUCAUACGGCCACCCUAGCUUCCCUACCGUGCGACCUGAAAUGCCCCGUCAAAUCAAACAUGAAUCUCCGCCUGUGGAAGCUAGCUCGUCAACCGCCACUGCGUCCCAUCGGAAGGCCACUUCGUUGAAAGAAAGCAAGAAGGAAAAGAGAGAGAAGAAAGCAAAGAAGGAUGAUAAAAAGGACAAGAAGUCGAAGAAGGAGAGGAAAAAGAGCAAGCUGAAGGAGCAACCGGCUGAAGUUCAACCAGUUCAGUCAAAGAUGGGAGAUUCCUCGGAUGACGAGAUCCUGGUUCUUGAACCUACAAAGCAAGCGCGGCGUGCCUCCAAUGUCGAAUUCACCAUCACGAAGCCCUUCAAAUCUCCUCAAUCAUCACCACUACCCUCUGGCUCGCCUACAAACGUCAUAAAUAUCGAUUCCUCCGAAGAAGACGAAGGAGACAUUGUCCAACCACGUCGCAGACUGAAGCGCAAGGCCGAACGGUCUUCAGUCAUAUUGAGCGACUCUGAUGAUUCUGAGCCCGUGGUCUCUUCUCCCGUCAAGAGGAGACGCCGGAUCUCGCCUACGGAAACACCCCAAACACCUCACUCUAGUGUGGGUAAGGACCAACAAGAACUGGAAGAUGAUGUGAGGGAUCUUCAGGACUCCGUUGUCAAGAACACUCGUACUCGCGGCGGGGUAUAUGAGUCUGCAAGAGAUAAAAAGCUGAAGCUUCUGGAAACUCUUCGUCGCCGACGUGCCGGACAGAAAGAAGAAAGCGAGGAGGAGUCGGAAGAAGAAUCAGACGAGGAGUCCGAAGCCGAACUUCCGCGAUCCAGCCCAACACAGCAUUUCUUCAACAGGCGACGAAUUGACAACGACGAUAGCGAGGUUGAAUCGGCGAUCGACGCUAACGAAGAUCUGGACCGCUACGAAGAUGACUUCGUCUUGGAGGACAAUGAGCUCGGUGUCCCCACGGAAGAGAUUCCCUUCGAGUUCACUCGACAUGCAUAUAAGCAACCGAAGGAGUACUUCCGUGAUGUUAUCUCGUGGAUGGUCCACAAUCGUAUUGACCCAGCAUUCCCCCGCGACGAUGCCAUGUACCAAAUGGCGUUCCAAAAGCUGGGGGACGAGGUUAAGGCUCGUGCCGGCUCUUCACUUAUCUCUUCCGUCUGGACAGCCAAGUUCCGUCAAGUACUUCUAGCGAGACCGCAUCUCGAGAUCACGGGGUUUCCCACCUCGUUUAUGCACUCGUGCGACGCUUGUAAUCGAGCCGGUCACCCUGCAUCAUCUGACCUGAAGUUUUACGGCAAGGCAUAUUCCGAGGAGACCUUAGAACCUCUGACCGACGAUACCAGCGAUGACGAAUCUUCCGAUACAUCUGACUCUAGCGAUAGCAGCAAGGAUGACAGCGACGAUGAGUCGGACGUGGAGCGCGACCGCGACGGGAAUGUUCUACCUGAUGAAAACACCCGCUUUUAUCUGGGAAAAACCUGCAGGGCCAAUGCCUACAUGGCACAUGUCCUUACGCACUGGCGAUACCAGCUCAACGAGUGGGUUGUUGAUUACCUCCGUCGCAUGGGACACAUGGAAGACGCCGAGGUUCUCCGACGCGAGAAUCUGAGCCAGAAGCGCAAGACGCGGAAUGCGAUCGAUGCCUGUAAAAAGAUGGAGGCAGAUGGUGAGAUCGAGAAGCUCUAUCGUGACUUCCAUAUACAUCUCAAGACUGCUCGUGAGAAGACAUCUACUAUGGAGGUCUUGCAGAAUAUGUGA